AUGGUGGCGGUUGAGGAUGACCACCUCACAGCCCGCCUUGGCAAGAUGUACAUGGUGCCCAGCAAGGAAGUGGUUACGACUUCUGAAGCUGCUGACAAGCACCUCAGGGCUUUCGAGCAGGGCUGCGAGGAGUGGAUGUCAUAUCACGCCCAGCCCCACAGUGAGGAGGAUCUGGAAGCUUUCGAGCAGUUUGUUCUGGCGCUGCUUUCGGGCCCGGAGUUCAAAUCAGAGAAAGAGUACGAGAGCCGCAUCCAGGCGGUUCGGCGGCAGUUUAAGACCACGCUGUCUAAGCCGCAGAUAGUCCGGGCCUACUACAGGCUACGAGAUGCCGGGCGCAUCGAGCGAAACCCCUUCUUCGAAAAAGCUACGACGAAGAAAGCUGUGCGCUCGAACUCUGGGGUGGUGGUCAUUACGAUAGUUACGGCUCCCGGCAGGUUUUCAUGUCCCAACGACUGCUACUACUGCCCUGACGAGCCCGGCCAGCCUAGGUCCUACUUGAGCACAGAACCUGCGGUUGCGAGAGCUAAUCAGAACGAGUUCUGCCCGGUGCGACAGUUCUAUGAUAGGGCCGGCACUCUUGCGAAGCAGGGUCACACGGUGGACAAGGUGGAGAUUAUCGUGCUUGGGGGCACCUGGUCGCACUAUCCCAGAGACUACCAGGAGGAGUUCUGCAGAGAUCUUUUCUAUGCUGCCAACACCUUUGACGAGCAGUUAAGCCAGCUGGGCGAGAAAGGGGAGAACGCAGCCAGGAUCCGAGAGCGUCGGCCUUUGCUCGAAGAGCAGCACAUCAACGAGAGGGCCGUCACAAAGAUCAUCGGCCUUACCUUGGAAACCCGGCCGGACCAUAUCACCCCGGCGGAAGUUCGCCGCUUGAGGCGCUAUGGUUGCACACGGGUUCAGAUCGGCGUGCAGCACACUGACGACGCGAUCCUCGCGUACAUCAAUCGAGGGCAUGACCGAGCCGCAGCAGUCCGGGCCACUCGCUUGCUGAAGACUUGCGGUUUCAAGGUGGAUAUCCACCUCAUGCCGGAUCUUCCCGGCUCCGACACGGAGAAGGAUUGGGCCAUGUUCCAGGAUGUGCUGCAUGGAGAGGAUCUCCAGGCAGAUCACUGGAAAAUCUAUCCUUGCGAAGUCACUCCGUUCACACGGAUUGAGACUUGGUACAAGGAAGGGAAGUACGUUCCCUACACGCAGAAAGAUCCGCGGCUGCUCACAGAGCUGUUGGCCAGGGUCAAGGCACAGGUGCACCCCUGGAUCCGGCUGAAUCGAGUGAUCAGAGACAUUCCGGAGGUGUCGAUCGUUGCCGGGAACUCGAUCACGAACCUCCGGCAGGCCAUUUUCGAGGUGCUCAAGUCGCGCGGCCAGUGUUGCCGAUGCAUCCGCUGCCGAGAGGUACGAGACUGGCCAGAGACCACAGAUGGCCUCCGACUUCGCGUUCGCGAGUAUCGAUCUUCCAGCGGCACAGAGUUCUUCAUCUCCAUCGAGGGCGGCCAUCGGGGCUUCGGCGGCGGCGCCACGCAGCGAGCCCUGGCAGGUGGCCAGAAGGCCACCAAGAAGGAGCGCAAGGAGAAGAAGUCUGCACUUCGCGACGCGAAUGCUCAGGCCGAGAUGAAGGCCGCGGCGAAGGCGGCCUCAGCCGCCGGCGGCACUCGUGAGGAGCGAAAGAAGGCUGCAGCUGCCGCGCUUGCUGCAGCUGCGACGCCGAAGCCAACCGCGGUCGAAGUCGAUCAGGAUGCCGACGAAGAGAACACCACACUCUACGGCCUCCUGCGUCUGCGCUUCAACGACGACCCGCGAGCACCAAGUCCGGUCUUCCAGGAAUUAGGCGGCUGUGCCUUGAUCCGUGAGCUGCACGUCUACGGCACGCUCGUCGCAGCGGGGCGCGAAGAGUCUACGCGCAGCUUAAGCGACGACCGGCCGCAGCACAUAGGAAUCGGAAGGACGCUCAUGGGCACCGCCGAGCUCAUAGCUGCAGCUCAUGGCUACCAGAAGAUCUCAGUGAUUGCUGGAGUGGGUGUGCGCAAUUACUACCGGAAGCUGGGCUACCGCCUUCGAGGCGACGGGCAGUACCUGAUCAAGGAGCUGCCUCCUUGUCCGGACUCCGAUCGGGGUCGGAAGCCUCAGGACUUCGAAGCGUCCUUCUUGAAGGCGGCCAUGAGGCUGGAGAAGCGCAGCUCAUGGAGCCCUUCCAGAGGCCGGAGCCAGGUUUGGGUUCAAAGGCGGCUCCUGGGAUCGCUACUUGGAGGAUCAUGGGACUUAGUAUGGUUAUAG